AUGGAGGUCGAGACGCAGUCGCCCACGGUCAUGGCCGUGGCCGUGGCCUUUGCCGUUAUUACGUUUGUGGUCGUCGGGCUGCGGCUCUACGCGCGCAUCUUUCUGGUUCAACACGUGGGAAUAGAUGACUAUCUCAUCGUUGUGGCUUCGCUCCUCUCUUGGGCCUUCAUCGCCGCCACCAUCCGGUCGGCCGAGCUGGGGCUAGGCGGGCACUACGCCGACGUGAUAGCGCGCGGGGUGCCCAACUUCGUCGCGUACCUGCAGACGGUCUGGCUCUCGUCCAUCUUCUACAACGCCUGCCUGGGCUUCAUCAAGGCGUCGGUGCUGGCGCCGUACAUGCGCCUGGGCGACCGGAGACGCUGCGGACGCUGUCGGCCGUCAUGGCGGGCGUCGUCGCCUGCCAGGCCACGGCCAACGUGCUGGUCUGCAUCUUGCAGUGCGAGGCCCAUCCGGGCGGCCUACGACAUCACGAUACCGGCAACGCAGAAGCGGCGCUGCAUCGACAUCAACGCCUUCUACCUGGCCAACGCGGCCGUCAACAUCCUGACAGACGCGCUGACGUGCGCGCUGCCCAUCCCGCUCGUGCUGCGGCUGCAGGUGCCGCUGGCGCGCAGCGCGUCGGGCUCGGGCGUCAUCUGCAUCACCUUCAUACCCGCCAUGCUGGCCAGCGCCGACCCGACCUGGGACAUUGCCCAGCCCAUGUACUGGUCCGUCAUCGAGACCAACGUCGGCAUAUUGGCCUCGUCCAUCCCGAGCACAAAGGUGAUUGCCAAGCGCUUCUUCCCGCGCCUGCUGGGGAGCAGCAGCGGCGGGCCUAGGGGCUCGUGGUCCGGCGGCGGCGGCGACGGCGGCGGCACGGGGAGCAGCAGGAACGACAAGGGCGACGCCAAGGCAAGAGGCAACAAGAGCUUCUACUACGCCGACAGCGUCAGGGACGACGACGGGCACGAGAUGAUGGCGGCGGCGCCGACGCGGCCGGCGGACGCGCAGUUGAGCGACGAGGAGGCGCUGACGGGCCGCGUGCCUGAGGGCCGCAUCGGCGUCACCACACACGUGCAGGUCGACCACCAGACGCCGAAGACGUCGGGCUGGCGGGACGGAUAG